AUGGUAAACAUUUUGAAAGAGAGACUCAAUUUGCAAGAUGCUUUGCUAUGUAAAGGUAAAUAUUUUCACGUGAGAUGUUGUGCUCACAUCUUAAAUCUCAUAGUUCAAGAUGGUUUGAAGGCAGCGGGGGGUGCUUUGUGUAAAAUUCGAGAAAGUGUUAAAUAUGUGAAGGCUUCGGAAGGGAGAUUGAGGGAGUUUAAAAAAUGUAUCGAAGAAGUGCAUUUAAAUAAUGUAGAAGGUGGAUUCUUAAGGUUGGAAGUGUGUACUAGAUGGAAUGCCACAUAUAUGAUGCUUAAAAGUGCUAUUAGAUAUCGACGUGCAUUCAUUAGCUUGAGUUAUAAUGAUAAAAACUACAAGAUUUGUCCAAGCAUUGAAGAAUGGGAUAGAGCAGAGAACAUUUGUAAUUUCUUGGCUCCGUUUUAUAAUAUUACUAACUUAAUUUCAGGAUCAUCUUACACAACCUCAAACUUAUACUUCAUGCAAGUUGCACUUAUAGAGAUGGAAUUGAAUAGAAAUUUGAAAAGUCAAGAUGAAGUGGUCAAAGAUAUGGCUAAGAGGAUGAAGGAAAAGUUUGAUAAGUAUUGGAGUGAAUGCUCAAUUACUCUUGCACUUGGAAAUGUUCUUGACCCAACAUCAAAGUUGGACUUUUUGAACUUUUGCUUUAAGAAACUUGAUCCAAUUGGCUUCGAAGACAAGGUAGAUAAAGUGAAGGAUGGCUUGUAUGAUCUCUUUGAUGCAUAUCAAAAUAAUAUGGUUGCAACAAGUUCAUCAAGAAAUACUCAAUCUCACUCUUUUGGCCAACCAUUAGGCAAGACAUCAUUUUUGAAGGAAUACCGUCAAGAAAAGAUACAAAAGAUUUCAAAUGAUGGCAAAUCCGAACUUGAAAUAUACUUGGAUGAAAAAUUGGCUUCUGAAUCUUCAUUUAGCAUCGGAGGUCGUAUUUUGCAUAAGUAUAGGAAUUGCUUACUUCCCAACACUGUAUAUAGUAAAAGUGGAGGAGAUAUAAUUGUUGGAAUCACCAAGUGUUCAAUAGACUUAGGCCACAAUGUUGUCUACUUUAUAAUUCAUUUUGUUAUCUAUUUUGAAUUGUUAGAUGAUUAA